AAAAUGACUAAGUUCUUUCCCAUGCCUCUGCUGGCUUUUUUCUUUCUUCCUCAUUUCUUCUUUGCAAAGAGCUCAAGCCAUCUUGUCCCAGCUUUAUAUGUAUUUGGAGAUUCUAUUGUAGAUAGUGGAAAUAAUGAUUUCCUUAAUACUUCUUCAAAAGUGAAUUACGAACCAUAUGGCAUAGAUUUUCCAGCUGGUCCAACAGGCAGAUUUAGUAAUGGAAACACUUUUGCAGAUUUCUUAGCUCAAUAUCUUGGGUUACCCUUUGCCCCUCCAUACUUGGGUCUUUCAGAGGAUCAAAAGAGUGAAAUAAUUACUGGAAUGAGCUAUGCAUCAGGAUCAUCUGGUAUCCUCCGAAAGACAGGAUCAGCAAUAGGAAUGAAUUUAGCGUUGCAGAUACAGAUUGAGUUGUUCCAAGAGACUGUUAAACACUACUUGCCAAAGAACUUUAAGGCCAACGAUGACCUUUUGAAGUACAUAUCCAAGUCCAUUUUUGUGGUAGUCACAGGCAACAAUGACUAUCUCAACAACUAUCUCCAACCUGCACGGUACAAUAGCAGUAGCCUAUACGGCCCAGUGCAAUUUUCCAGCUUCCUAUUAAAAGAAUUCAAACAAAGUUUGCAGGAUAUUUAUAAUAUGGGAGCCAGGAAGUUUUUGGUAUUCAAUAUUGGCCCUAUUGGGUGUGCACCGGCUUUACUAUAUAGCUUAAACCUUACAAGUGGAUGUGCUGAGAAUUUAAACCAGUUAGUAUCACUCUACAAUGAAGGCCUACCAAAUAUGUUACAAGAACUAAGUGAUAGCCUCAAUGGUUCAACUUUUGUUCUGGGAAAAUUUUAUGAAGUCAGCUAUGACUUGAACCAAAAUCCUUAUAAAAAUGGUUUCACAAAUAGAAGCUCAUGUUGUGUGGUAAACCAUGCAACUACACAAUGCCUCCAAGAUGUCUCACCUUGCAUGGAUAGGGCAACACAUAUCUAUUGGGAUGGAUUUCAUCCGUCGCAACAGGCGAGUUUCACGUUCGCCACUGGUUGCUUCUUUGGUACUACUCAAUGUACUCCAUUAAACAUCCUGGAGCUCACACAGAGACAUUAAGGCACUAUUUUUUGUAUGUAAUGGUUUGGUUUUUUAAUGUGUUUAUUUCUAUUUUUAUUUAUUUUUUUCUUUUCUUUUAAUUCAUACAUUAGAGAUCAGAUCUUGUUAUUGUUCUUUGACAAAGAAAUUUUCAUUCAA